AUGCUGCCCUCGCCCUCGGCCGGCCUUAGUAACGUACCGCCCCCAUCUACGGCCGCGGCCACGGACCCAACCAUUACCACUAGCACCACUACCUCAGCUCUUCCGGUACCUGGUCCAGGCCCUGCAGCGACAGGGGCAUCAUUGAAGCGACCUGCUGCAGCCGACCUGCAGCGCAGUGCCGGCGCAAGCGUCAUUCCUUCAAAAAGACAAGCUACAUCUAAUACCAGAACAAACCCCAUCCCGAAUCCGAGUCCCUUGGCUGCUGCUCCCAUAAUUGCUCCUUCGUCUUCAGCUUCGGCUCCUCCGACUACGACAGCAACCCAAUUCUAUCAUCAACCUCAAGCUGCCAUGUCCCUACCCGCUAUGGUUACAGAGGAACAACUGCUGGGUAGGACCCCCGAGCAAUUAAUCGCCACCAUUCUCCAGAUCCAAAUGCAACACCAGCAAUACGUCGCUCAUAUCUCGGCGCAAUUCGAUGCCAUCAGCCAACAGCUAAAUGACCUUCGUGGAAGCUUAGUGGCCUCCCAUCAAGCUGCAGCUUCGGUAUGUGCCAUGCCCCAAAAACUCAUGCCAUUCCCCGCACUCAGCUCCCGCGAUUCCUCCGUACGACCCAUUAUACCCCCGCCCCCUCCGCAACUAUCGGCUGCUUCAUACCCUCGGGGACCGCCGAUUUCUAUGCAAACGCCAAGCCGCCCUGCUAGGCCUCCUCCAACUUCCCCAUCCACUUCUUCUCAGGCGGUUCAACCUAGACCGGCUGCGCAAACACCAGGAUCUGCAGGGCCUCCUCAGUAUAAAUAUGGGACUGUCGGCACGGUAGAGGAGGUUUGGAAAGAGUACCGGGAGGGAAUGGAUGGACAGCCUGCUAUUGAGGAAUUGGAUGCUGCGUGGGGUUCGCGCUGGCGGCCGGAGCCGCGGGGCCGGACAUGGUACUCGAGGCGAAAAGUCAUCUGGGACAAGAUCAAAGAAUACAUGGCAGAGGGGUUGGAUGAAGAUGAGGCGGUGAGAGAGGUCGAAAGACUACGCGACGGAAACACGAUCAACAAACUAAUUCGGAUGCUCCAAGACGAACGAAAGGAUAAAGGAAUCGGAGACGACAGCAUGGUCACUUAG